GAGGUUGUUCUUUCUGUUCCUCCCCUUCCCCCCCCCAUCUGCGAGGCGGGGGCGGGGCCUUGGGGGGGAGGCGCAGGGGUUGCCGGUAAGACUUGGGGGCACUCGAAUCCCGACGAGACUGCUGAGUUCCGUUGAAUGGCGGCUCUGCCCGUGCAAAGGGGUCCCGAGCUGGAGGAUCCUAUCUGCUCAAAGCCCUUCAAUCCUACACCAGUUCAGAAAAACACUUCCCACCAUGGGGAAGAGUGUGUUUCAAUGGUUAAUUCUUGGAAUUUCAUCCCAUCACAGAAACAAAAAUUGGGAGCUAUUCGUACAUCUUCAAAAUUAUAUCUCUGCUAAAGAGUGUUGAAUGGCAUUUGGAGAUCCACAAGAUUCCUUGGACCCAUUUGGACUUGCAUUACAGAACAGAGAUAGAAUGGAGACACAACCUUUAGCAAAUGAGGGAACUGGAAAAGGCCCUUCAGCUAUUCAGCCUGGGAACUGUGGGGAGAUAUGGGCAAGACCUGGGCAGAAGAUCCUGGAGGAGGAAACCAUCGUCUGUUCAGAAGUUCAGCCCUGGAAAUUCAGGAGCCUCCAAUACCAGGCGGCUGAGGGUCCCCGAAGACUUUGCAGCCGACUCCACGACUUUUGUAGGCGAUGGCUGAGACCAGAAAAGCACACCAAAGCCCAGAUACUGGACCUGGUUGUUCUGGAGCAGCUCCUGGCUAUCCUGCCCCCAGAGAUGGAGAGCUGGGUACGAGAGUGUGGAGCAGAGACCAGCUCCCAGGCGGUGGCCCUGGUUGAAGGCUUCCUGCUGAGCCAGGCUGAGGAGCAGAAGGAGCAGAUCAACUUGCAGUCCGUCACUGUGGGGAUCAAGGAUCCUGAGGGAGAGAGAACUCCAUCAAAUCCCCCUCAGAAGGAUGUGUUUUUCAGAAGGCGCCUUCAGAAAAAUCCAAGUCGCCAGACCUUUGGAGCGAAACAAAGGAUGGAGUUUCCCGAUCUUUGCGGUGGAGCUGAAAGAAUGGUUGAACCUCCAAAUCAAGAGGGCCUUGUGUCCUUCGAGGAGGUGGCUUUGUAUUUCUCCGAGGAGGAGUGGUCUCAGCUGGACCCUGACCAAAAAACGCUGCAUUGGGAAGUCAUGCGGGAAAAUCACAGGAAUGCGGCCUCUCUGGGUAAUAAUGGACAGGAGAAUAAAGAUUCUGGGGAACCAUUACAAGUGAUCACUGCUGGAGAUAGAAUGGAGAAGCCUGUGAUUCAAAUAGAAUUAGAAAGCCGUGAGAGAACCCUGUCAGAUAAUUGGAAUCAGGAAAGCUCAUCUUCCAUUGAUGCUCCGAUGCAAGACUUUGUUGCCCAAAAGGGAAAACUAAAGGGAAAAAAUAUUGAGAAAAAUGUAAAACUCUUCAAAGACAAAUUAUUCAAAGAACAUUAUUCAAACCAACACAAAGGAGAAGAUGCUAUAAGCGGAGAGAAUGGAAAAAAUUACAAUUCUACUUUAACUUUCUCUUGUGAUAAUGACUUCCUUCUAUCCCAUAAAAAGAUAUACACAGGAGAGAAGCCAUUUAGCUGCAUGGAAUGUGGAAAGGGAUUCCUUAAAAAAUCAUACCUUAGGAGACAUAAAAGGAUCCAUGUAGCAGAGAAACCAUAUAAAUGUGUCGAAUGUGGGAAGUGUUUCAGUCAAAAUGAUUCCCUUACUUUACAUAAAAUGGUCCACACAGGAGAGACGCCAUAUAAAUGCAGGGAGUGUGGAAAGGGAUUCCGUAAAAAUACAUACCUAAGGAAACAUGAAGUGAUCCAUGCAGCGGACAACCCAUAUAAAUGUGCUGAAUGUGGAAAGUGUUUCAGACAAAAUGAGUCCCUUAUUUUCCAUAAAAUGAUCCAUACAGGAGAGACGCCAUUUAAAUGCAUGGAGUGUGGAAAAGGCUUCUAUCUAAUGAGUUCACUCACUAGCCAUAAAAGGAUCCAUACAGGGGAGAACCCAUAUACAUGCAGAGUGUGUGGAAAAAACUUUACUCGGACCAGUAGUCUUAUUUCCCACGAAAGGAUCCACACGGGAGACAAACCAUACAAAUGCACCGAAUGUGGAAAGGGCUUCUCUGAAAACUCCUCCCUUCGAAAACAUAAAAGGAUUCACACAGAGAAGCUAUAUAAAUGCAUCGAGUGUGGAAAGGGCUUUACUAAUAGAAGUCAAUUCAUUUACCACAACAGGAUCCACACAGAGGAGAAGCCAUACCAAUGUAUGGAAUGUGGAAAGGGCUUCUGUGAAAAUGCAUUACUUGUGGUACAUAAAAGGAUCCACACAGGAGAGAAGCCAUACAAGUGCAUGGUGUGUGGAAAGGGCUUCUCUGAAAAUUCCAUUCUUCUAAAACAUAAAAGGAUCCACACAAGAGAGAAGUCAUACAAAUGCGGAGAAUGCGGAAAGGGAUUUACUAAUAGAAGCCAACUUAUUUAUCACAACAGGAUCCACACAGGAGAGAAGCCAUACAAAUGCAGAGAGUGUGGGAAGGACUUUACUAAUAGUAGUCAACUUACUUACCAUAACAAGAUGCACACAGGAGAGAAGCCAUUUAAAUGUGUGGAAUGUGGAAAGGGCUUUAUUAGUAGAAGUCAACUUAGUUACCAUAACAGGAUCCACACUGGGGAGAAGCCAUAUAAAUGCACAGAAUGUGGAAAGGGCUUUACUAACAGAAGUCAACUUAUUUACCACAAAAAGAUCCACACGGGGGAGAAACCAUAUAAAUGUGUGGAAUGUGGAAAGGGCUUUAUUGCUAGAAAGAAACUCAUUGCCCACAACAGGAUCCACACAGGGGAGAAGCCGUAUAAAUGUGUGGAAUGUGGAAAGGGCUUUUGUGAAAAUGCAUCACUUAAGAGACAUCAAAGGAUCCACACAGGAGAGAAGCCGUACAAAUGCAUGGAAUGUGGAAAAGGCUUUAAUCAAAAGAGUGGUCUUACUUCCCAUAGCUGGAUUCACACAGGGGAGAAGCCAUAUAAAUGUGUAGAGUGUGGAAAGGGCUUUACUAGUAAAUGUCAACUUAUUUCCCAUAGCUGGAUCCACACAGGGGAGAAACCAUAUAAAUGUAUGGAGUGUGGAAAGGGCUUUACUACUAAAAAUCAAUUUAUUUCCCAUAGUUGGAUCCACACAGGGGAGAAACCAUAUAAAUGUGUGGAGUGUGGAGAUGGCUUUAUUAGUAAAUACCAACUUAUUUCCCAUAGCUGGGUCCACACAGGGGAGAAACCAUAUAAAUGUGUGGAGUGUGCGAAGGGCUUUACUAGUAGAAGUCAACUUACUUACCAUAACAGGAUCCACACAGGCGAGAAUCCAUAUAAAUGUGGGGAGUGUGGAAAGGGUUUUCCUGCUAGGCGUCAACUUAUUGCCCAUAGCUGGAUCCACACAGGGGAGAAGCCCUAUAAAUGCAGCGAAUGUGGAAAGAGUUUUGCGUUCAAUAGUUCCCUUAUUAAUCAUAAAAGGAUCCAUACAGGGGAGAAGCCCUAUAAAUGUAUGGAGUGUGGCAAGAGUUUCAGCCAAAGGAGUAAUCUUAAUGCCCAUAAAAGGAUACACACUAAGGAGAACUCAUUUAAAUGCCAAGAGUAUGGAAAGUCGUUUGCAUAUAGCAGUCAACUUAAUUCCCAUAACUGGAUCCACACAGGGGAGCCAUAUAAGUGCAUUAAGUGUGGGAAGAGUUUUACUAAUAGUAGUGAUCUUUAUUUGUGUAAAAGAAGUCACAUGGAAAAGUUAUAAAUAUUUGGGGUGUGGAAAGAGCUUCUGUCAUGGUUUCCCUACAUCUAAAAAAAAAAAGGAUUCAUACAGAAGAGAAAUCAUAUAAAUCUGAGGAGGUUGGAGAGAGCUUCAGGAAUAAUGACAUAAUUUUGCAAUAAAGAUUUGUAUUUGGAUGAGAA